AUGCAGAGUUAUCAAAUAUUAGGUCGAAAGGGCGAAGGGGUUUCUAGCGAGGUCCUUAAGGCCCAAGACAAAAAUAGUAAAAUGUUAGUUGCGAUAAAAUGCAUGAAGAAGCGCUUCAAGUCUAUUGAACAGGUGAAUCAUCUUCGUGAGAUACAGUGCAUUCGUAGGCUGCAAUCACAUCCCAACAUUGUGAAGUUCGUUCACGUUCUUUUUGAUCGCUCGUCUGGUAGGCUGGCGUUAGUGUUUGAGUUGAUGGAUAUGAACCUUUGCGACCUGAUAAAAUCUAGAAAGGAUUAUCUACCGGAGGAGCAGAUCGCUUUCUUCAUGUACCAAAUCUUAAAGGGGUUGGAGCAUAUUCAUAGCCGUGGUUUGCUGCAUCGCGACGUCAAGCCAGAAAACUUGCUUAUCAACUUAGAAGAUAACACGUUGAAGAUAGGAGACUUCGGAUCGGCACGAAUCGGCCACAGCGACUCAGGUUUUACGGAGUACAUCUCCACUCGCUGGUAUCGUGCGCCGGAGUGCUUGUUGACCAAUGGUUGCUACAAAGCCAAAAUGGAUAUCUGGAGCGCAGGUUGCGUCUUUUUCGAGCUCUGCACACUUUAUCCGCUUUUCCCUGGUACGAACGAGUUCGAUCAGAUCCACAGGAUUCAUAAUAUUCUAGGCACCCCCUCACCCGAACUUCUCCGGGCGUUCGAGGUGCACGGGGAGCACGAAGUGGUUGAGUUCACCCCGAAGGAGGGCAUCGGGCUCGCGAAGCUCCUCCCCAACCUCUCCGCGAACGGACUCGACCUCAUGACUAAGCUGCUCGCGUACGACGAGAGGGAGCGCUUCACCGCGAAGGAGGCGCUGAAGCACCCCUACUUUAAGAAGUUCCGCGAGUUGGAUCUCACGCAAAGCUCCGGGCGUCAUAAACAUCGUCACCGAUACUCCAAACAUAACGCCAUGGAGCUGAACGCAAAGAGCAUGCGCGACGUAUUAGUGAAGGAGCUCCCCACCUCACCAGCGGAGGGCCUGUCGACGAAGUUCAUGCGUACAUCAAUUCGGCAUCCAAACGUUCCACAGGAAAGCCACCGUGAUAAUCAGUUGCCGUACAUCGAGACGCCCGCUCCGAACCUCAAUAGCCCAAAUAUAGUGAGUGUAAAUUGUAGUCGCAGACACUCGCAAAAUCUAUCACUAAAGCUCCAUGAGCUUACGAAUGUUUCGAAUCCGAGUUUUAUCACUAAGAAGAAAAACCGAAGCAGUUUGCCCAAGAUAUAA